UACUUGAAGUGUAGGUAAAAAGUUUUAUCGGUUUUCUACAUCCAAACUCGAUCAUCGUAUUUUUAUCGAAUUACAAAAUAUUAGUUGUGUGCGCUAGGAUACUGCACACCUGACUCUACCAACAAAAACAAUUUUCCCCCAUAAUUCCACCCCACCGCUGGCAACACCAACGCACGCGCACAGUACCAACCCGACCACCGCCCGCGCGGCCGCGAUGCCCAUCGCAACGACGAUCGAUAACGAAACGCAAUUAAAACUAAACUAAAAACACCAAAAACAAAACGCGCGGCCGCUUGAAUACUUCAAAAAUUCAAAUUUCGAAUUAAUACUUUUUAAAUCUCACAAGAAGCUAAGCAUAUGGCCAGUCCAAGGAUGUGAACUUUUUUGUUUCUCAACAGUGCAUUGAAAUGUGGAUCUUAAGUGUGUAGUGUAAAGUUCAGUUUUAAAGUGUUAAGGAUUAAAAUAAGUUUUGAAAAAGACUGAGCCAUGUGGAGUAUUCUUCUAGUCUUGGCGCUCCUGGCGACCGCGCGUUCCAAACAGCUCCCGACUUCCACAGAGCUAUCCACAACAGCGAUAGCGAAAGCGACAGACGAGGACACAACGCCAUGGCCUGGCUCUCUCGCUCCGUUAGACACGCUCGCCGUCGCGUGCGAGCGAGACAGCAUGCACGUCACCAUCACGCUGGCGCAUAACUCUGUGUUUGGAGACAGCCUCUACGACACGUUCAACGGCAUAGUCUACCCAGCAGGUCUGGGUAGCAACUCCUCCUGCCUCCGGGAGUACGUGGCGGCGCGGGGGGACCUGCAGUACACCCUGCCUCUGAAGGGCUGCAACACCAUGUCAACCGACAACGACGAUGGCACCGUAGAAUACUUCAACAACAUCAUAGUCCAGCCCCACCUCCGCCUGGUCACCGGGCAGGGUCGCGGCUAUCAUGUACGAUGCAGAUAUAGACGGCGGGACUUGGCACAGUUCCACAUCUACCCUAGGGCUUCAGCGCUCAGCUCUAACGCUCUUGAGGAACAAGAGGACUUUGACGAAGACUCUGGUCUGCUACCAUCCGUUACGAUGAAGAUUUACAAAGGGGACCCGAAAGAUAAACAGGUGGCGUCCAACGUACGGAUCGGCGACACGCUAACCCUAGUCGUGUCUCUAGAGAAACAGAAACGUUUCGGUCUCCUUGUCUCCGAGUGCUCCGUGAGAGACGGCCUAGGCUGGGCCGAGCAGAGUUUGAUUGCUGAUGACGGUUGCCCGUUAGACGGAGAGAUAAUGGGCAUGUUCCAAUACGGCGACGAACGACAGGACGCACGCGUGUCGUUUCCGGCACACAAGUUCCCAUACACCGCCAGCGUGUAUUAUACUUGCGAAGUUAAGCUGUGCGAUUUGAAUCAUCCCACCGACUGUGAGCCCUGCUCUCACAAGCGGCGCGUGCGCCGUCAAGAAGAAGGAUCACCAGCCACCGUGGAAGUGUUCUCCGGACUUUAUGUGAACGAGCAAGACUCCCUUGACAAUGAGGUUACUAGUGAGAAGAAAGACGACGAGAUCUGCAUAUCGCAGCGUAACUUCGCCAUCGGCAUCUGUAUCGCCGGAGUCAUUCUAAUGGCGUGCGUUAUUGCCGCCAUUGCGUUCAUACUCGCGCGCAGGCGCGGCAAGAGCCAUUCCGGCAGCUCGCUGUACAGCGGCCCUUAUACUAAUACCGGGUAUUCACAUGCUAGCUAGGUACUUCCAAACUGUAACAGCACUUUCUAUUUGUUUGCUUCUGUUACAGUCUCCCCCCAUAAAAUAUCCUUAAACUCUGUAUCUUUAGGUAUUUAAAUAAAAGUAAGCAAAAUCUCUCAACUGGCUUAAGGAGCCAUUUGAGGGUAGAUGAAAACAGAACCUGAUCAAAUAAUAUAGGGACCGUGCGCGUUGGAGGGUCUGCCAUCUUGUGGCCUGAAUCGGAACCAUAAACAUGCACAUGUACACGUCACGUGUUUUCUUGUGCACAGUAGGUUCUGCCAUCUUGUGGGCUACAUCGGAACAAAAAACAUCACAUUUACGCCUCGCGCCAAAAAUCUGACGGCUCCUGUGCUGCCUCCUACAGUUCAUGCACGCUCCCUAUAGGUUAAAGUCAGGUCGUUCAGUGACAUAUCCAGGCCGUUUUGUAUUUGGUCGGUUAACCAAUAAAUGUUAUAACUACCCGAAAAUGUACAAAUUGUUUGUUUACUUUUAUUUAAAUACCUAAAGAUACAGAGUAUAGGGUACGCAAGUUAAGGCGGAGAGCUCAAACCUCCUUGCUUGACGCUCUAUAACCACGAUGAUUUAGAAGGAAAAGAGGGUCAGUUAAAGGGUUCUGACUCCCAAAUUAAAGCGUUCCUCUUGUACAAUUCUAAAGAAUUAAAAAAAAUGUCACAGACGACAAGUACAUUCUAAAGUAUAGAGGGAGGCUGUAACGAAAGCAAAAAGAAAUGAAAUGAAAAAAAAAAUGAAAUGUGAAUGAAUGAAAGAAAGGAAAUGUUUAAUAGUUAAAGGGCAGGCUAUAGCGAACCUUAAGAUAUAGUGUUUAAAACAAACAAAACAUCACAAAAGGGCCAUCGUUAUCAUUUUAAGUAUUAAAACAAUUUGGAAGUGCCUCGAAAAAAAAUCAAGGAAUUUAGUGAAAAAUAAAGGAAUAUAAUGUAGGAUAUCUUGGGGGAGGUUGUAUCAAUAC